AUGCCACACAGUAAUCCGCUGCGAUCCGGCCUGCAAAAAGGGCUGGUGCAGCGCUCGAUGUCGUUUGCGGACUACACGUCGACCAAUUUUGCGUCGCGAAGCCGAGACACUCAUCUGCGCCAUCUCGUGAUUCGUCCAUUUAACCUUGUUUUUGUGUUCACCAAUCCGUGGAGCGGGUCGAGCCACGCCGUGAUCAGUCUCACUCAGGAGAACGAUGAGGGGCUGUGGGACUACAUCUACCGUUUAUUGAACAAUAAAAACAAUCGUGGAAAGCAGGAGGGCGGGUGCUAUCUGGUGUACGCUCUCUUGGAUUAUGUGGUGAGCGUUGUGAGGGGAGUCGACAGCUAUGUGGACGUGCUGAAAUCCUUCGCAGAGGACAUCAAAGCAGUCGAGGAAAACAUCGAUAACGCGGACUCGAUUUAUCAAUCCGUGCUUCUCUCGCGCGAACUUGACGCAUUUCAAAACAGAAUUCGCCCGCUUCUCUCGAUUUUCGAUCAGUUAAGAGAGGAUUCUUCGUUCUCGCACCGCGUUUCUCUCUACUUGAACGACAUCAAAGAUCAUGUUCAGCAGCUACUAAAUGAUAUUCAAUACUGCUCCAAUCGAAGCAGCAAUGUGUACAAUGUCGUGCAGAGCAUCCAGUCGAAGAAGCAGGAACGCAUUCUGUUUAUUCUCACAGUGAUUACUGCGAUUUUCACUCCUAUCACGUUUCUUGCGGGAGUGUAUGGAAUGAACUUUGAUAACAUGCCGUCUCUACAUUGGAGAUUCGGCUAUCUCUAUUUCUGGAUCUAUGUAAUUCUCAUCGUGUCGGGACUAAAAAACAAUAAAGAAAAAUCCGAGCUGCCGGAAUCGAACCAGCGACCCUUAGAUUGCUGCGAAGCAGCCACUACAGUCUAA